AUGCUUGAGGCUUCAUCUGGCGUCAGCAAUGGCGGGCUAUCCGCGCACUCUUCCCAGAUUCUCAACGGCAGCGGAGAUAGCUGCGAGGAGGAGCUCUCCGUCCUGCCGCGGCACACGAAGGUCGUGGUGACUGGCAACAACCGUACAAAGUCCGUGCUCGUGGGGCUUGAAGGUGUGGUGAAGAAGGCUGUUGGGCUUGGUGGUUGGCAUUGGCUGGUUCUCACAAAUGGCAUUGAGGUAAAGUUACAGAGGAACGCUUUAAGUGUCAUUGAAGCUCCUACUGGAAAUGAAGAAGAUGAUGACCUUGAAGUUGAUCAAGUGCAGUGGGGUAGCUCAGAUACGGCAUUUCAUGAUUUUCAAAAGUCCCAAAGAUCAAGGCAUCGUACUCACCGAUCAUUCGGUUCGACCAACAAAGCACUUAGCCGGUCUCCCUCCUGCGAGUCGCCUAGAGAUUCUGUUUCUACUUCAAAAAAGCCUUUGGUUGACCUCAGCAAACUGGAGAUGUCUGCUCUAUGGAGAUAUUUGAUGCACUUUAACCUCGUGGACGCCAUUCCGAACCCUUCUAAGGAACAACUGAUUGACGUUGUGCAGAGGCAUUUCAUAUCACAGCAACUGGAUGAAUUGCAGGUGAUCACUGGGUUUGUUCAGGCUGCAAAGAGGCUGAAGACAGUUUGCAAAUGA